GACAAUUAAGUGACACCUCUCAUCUAUCACUUGACAGCUUGGAUAGCAAUAGACACAAGGCAGGUAUAUCCAGCCAAAGCAUGCAGGCAGUAGGACAUUCCUGAUCCAGUCCUCCUCCCAGAAGAGUCACUACAACCCCCACCAUCCAAGGGGUUAUUUUCAUGAUGAUGAUGAUGAUGGGAUGAUGACUGCCUCCUGUAAAUUUCCCAGUUUCCAGGACAAGACAUUAAAAGGCAAUAAAAAGGAGGUGCUGGAGAUGAAGUCAGCUGUUGGUCAGGACAGUUGUGAAAUAGCAGCAGCAGCAGCAGCUAGAAGCAGAGGAGAAUGAAAGAAAAAGCCCUGCACAGAGUGGGAGGGAGGGGAGCACUCCCUUUAAGAGGCAGUGACUACUCACAUUUAAAAAAGCAUUCCAGUAUAAAUUCAUUGUUCCUCCUCCUCAUCUUCACAUCUCUGUCUCUCUCCUCUUCUUGCACACGGGGCUGGAGAGAGUAAAGUGCAAAACACUUGGCUGUGGAGGACUCCAGGGAAAAAAAGCUCCCAAAAAAUAUCAAAUCCAGGGACCUUGCUCCAGACAAUCUGUGGUUCCCAAGGAGUUAACUCAUGCUGCCCUGCAGAGCCUAACAGCUGUGGGCUCCCAGUGCCUGGGGUAUUGUUCCUGGUAGCCUAGCAAGCUGGUGGAUCUGAUGGAGGAGAGGAAACAAGUCACCUCCAAGAAAGUUUAGAGCCGUCUUUGCUCCUGUUGACAUUUCACUGCCGGUUGAUUCAUCCCAGGCUGGUUCUUUCCUUCUUCUUCUUUUUUUUUUUUUUUUUCCUCUUCUCUCUCCAAUUUCCAGAAAGAAGAACAAUGAUGCUGAUCAUGCUAGUUAUAUUGGCUGCUGCUAGAACUGCAGACACCAAGCCUGGGAAUCCACCUGCUUCUUCCAAGCAUCACCAAGGUUCUGAACCCCAGAGAAGGAGUGGGAUAGUGCAGAACAUUGACCAGAUCUAUGUUGGAGGAGGUAAGGUGGGCUACAUCCUCUAUGCAGAUGGCAAGAAGUUCAUUUUGGACUUGGAAAGGGACGAAAUGCUGCUUUCUCCGCACUUCAGCACCAAGUACCUGGGACGUCUGCAUCCUCAACAUCGUUUUCAUAGGCACUGCUUCUACAGGGGGACCGUAGACUCCAGCCCACAGUCCUUGGCAGUCUUCAACCUUUGUGGGGGUCUGGAUGGCUAUUUUGCAGUCAAGCAUGCCCAUUAUACCAUCAAGCCUCUCAUUAAGGGCAAGGCAGUGAUAGGGCAGGUCUACAGGGACGGAUCUGAGAGGGUCCUACAUGUUUUUAUCAAGGAUCGCUUCAGUUUUGAGACUGUGCCUAGUAGAGCUAGCUGUGAGACCAGAGGUUCUGGCAACCAUCUCCAUAAACAUGGGAAUAGCUCCAGAAGACAUCACAGCGAAGACCACCCUAGGUGGGGUAGCCCACACAAAGCCAACCAAAGUCUUUCCUCUUCUUCUGCUGACCCCAAACUCAAGGAAACCGUCUUAUUACAGGAAGUAACCGCACUAAAAAGACGCCAGAGGAGAUCCAUCUCUAAGUCCAGACACGUGGAGCUCCUCCUGGUAGCUGACGAGUCUAUGUCCAAGAAGUAUGGGAAGGACCUCCACCAUUAUCUGUUGACCUUGGCUUCCAUCGCUUCCAGGCUUUACAGUCAUCCCAGCAUUGAAAACCACAUCCGCUUGGCAGUGGUGAAGGUGGUGAUGGUCACUGACAAGGAGAAGGGGCCUGAGGUGAGCAAGAAUGCAGCCACCACUCUGAAGAACUUUUGCAAAUGGCAACAUCAACACAACCAGCUGGACGAUGAGCAGGACCAGCACUAUGAUGCUGCCAUCCUCUUCACCAGAGAGGAUUUAUGUGGGCAUCAUUCAUGUGAUACCCUGGGAAUGGCAGACGUGGGGACCAUAUGCUCUCCGGAGCGCAGCUGUGCGGUAAUUGAAGAUGACGGCCUCCAUGCAGCUUUCACCGUCGCUCAUGAAAUUGGACAUCUCCUUGGGCUUUCCCAUGAUGAUUCAAAAUUCUGCGAGGAGAACUUUGGCUCCCUGGAAGAUAAACGUCUUAUGUCAUCUGUUCUAACGAGCAUUGAUGCCUCCAAACCAUGGUCAAAGUGCACCUCAGCGACAAUCACUGAUUUUUUGGAUGACGGCCACGGAAACUGUUUGCUGGACCAACCAAGAAAUCAAAUUCUGGGUCCUGAAGAGCUUCCUGGACAGAGUUAUGAUGCCGUCCGGCAAUGUAAGCUAGCCUUUGGACCAACGUACACAGUGUGCCCCGGUAUGGAUGUCUGCUCACGACUAUGGUGUGCGGUUGUUCGACAAGGUCAGAUGGUUUGUUUAACCAAGAAGCUGCCGGCUGUGGAGGGAACACCUUGUGGAAAAGGAAGGAUCUGUCUCCAUGGCAAAUGUGUAGACAAGACCAAGAAGAAAUAUUAUUCGAUCUCCAGUCAUGGAAACUGGGGCUCCUGGGGGCCUUGGGGACAAUGCUCCCGAACAUGUGGAGGAGGGGUUCAGUUUGCUUAUCGUCACUGUAAUGACCCUGCUCCAAGGAACAGUGGUAGAUACUGUACAGGGAAGCGUGCAAUUAACCGAUCCUGUAACAUCAAUCCUUGUCCUUCUAAUGCUAAAUCAUUCCGACAGCAGCAGUGUGAAGCUAGGAACGGUUACCAGACUGAUGCAAAGGGUGUGAAGACAUUUGUCGAGUGGGUUCCGAAAUAUGCAGGGAUUCAGCCGGGAGAUGUCUGCAAGCUCAUAUGUCAGGCUAAAGGAACUGGAUAUUAUGUUGUGUUUUCACAAAAGGUGACCGAUGGCACUGAAUGUAGACCAUACAGCAAUUCUGUUUGUGUGAAAGGGAAAUGUGUCCGUACUGGCUGCGAUGGAAUUAUAGGAUCCAAGCUUCAGUUUGACAAAUGUGGAAUUUGUGGAGGAGACAACUCCAGCUGCACUAAAGUCAUGGGAACCUUCACCACUAAAAGCAAAGGCUACACAGAUAUUGUCAAGAUUCCAGAAGGAGCAACCCAUAUAAAAGUGAAACAGUACAAGGCCAAAGAACAGACUAAGUUUACAGCUUACCUAGCAUUAAAGAAGAAGACUGGGGAAUACAUCAUUAAUGGAAAAUAUAUGAUAUCAACUUCGGAAAACAUCAUGGAAUUGAAUGGCUUUGCCAUGAACUAUAGUGGCUGGAGCCAUGCUGAGGAUUCAUUUCACAGUAUGGGGCAUUCUUCUACAAAGGAAAUUUUAAUUGUACAGAUUCUUGCUACAGAUAUUAUUAGACCAAUUGAUGUACGUUAUAGUUUCUUUGUACCAUCAAAACAAGGUUCAACCACAAAUAGCAUUAACAAUAAUGUGGUUCCUCAAAGUUCCCAACCGCAGUGGGUGACUGGACCUUGGUUAUCAUGCUCUAGAACAUGUGACACUGGAUGGCACACCAGAACUGUCCAAUGCCAAGAUGGACAAGGGAAAUUAGCUAAAGGAUGUCUACUUUCUCAAAGACCUUCAGCAUUUAAACAGUGCUUACUGAAAAAGUGUUAGCCAAAAAGGAUAGACAUUAUCUUAAAAACGACACGGUCUUUGCUGUGUAAAAGUAGAUCUAGCAUGUCAAUGUUGGCUAAAGUUUGGUUUGAGCUCAACGAAAAUAACUCAAGGGCUGUACAAAAUUUUGGCCUUCGUGAAGAUACUAUUUUUGAGACACAGGCUCUUCAACCAACCUUAAAGGUGGAAAGGAGUUCCUUAUUAAACCACAUUAUGUAGGUGAUGGGGUGGAUGCUGGCUUCCUUAACGUCUUGUUUGCAUCACCUACCUCUCAAGAAGAAAGCCUUCAGGAACAUCUGCUAAGUUAUACUUGUGGACGGCAUGUUGUAGGUUAUAUGUGUGGUGUUUUGUACAUAUGUGUCAUUAGAUGUGUCACUUUAUAUAUCACUUGCUUCUUACGAACAGUGAUUGACCAAAGUAGAUCUUCAGCUACAUGUCUCCGCUUGUUCCAAAUACAGCUGUGGAUAUUUACUGGUUAAAAAAAAAAAGAAGCUUGCCGCUGUUUAUCAGCUUACUAGUUUUUACUUUCAACUUUUUUUUUUGUCGACGAACCAACCUUGAAUGACAGAUUUUCAUUUUGAAAAAUAGUUGUAUGACGUCUGUUUACAAAUUAGAGCAAUCUACCAAAAUCUAAGGUUUCAGCUGAAACUAAAAUUUUUAAUUCCCUUUAGCCGAGAAAAUUAUUAUUUUUUCUAUGAAAAGGUUAUUAUUCUUUGUAGACAUGAUAAGGAAUAAAAAAAAAAAAAAAAGCAACAGCGUAUUGUCUUAAGACAAGUUUCCCCGAUGACCUGUUGUCUCUAGCUAGAACUAAAUUAAAUAUCUAGAGACAACAAAGACCUUCCAGAGAGGGUGUUUUUCUCCAUCUAAUGAUUUUACAAAUACUACAAGGUGCUACCAGUUAUUCAGAGAACUAGUAGUGGUAGUUUGUUAGUACACUUAUAUGAACACUAAAUUUCUUUGAUUUCCUUAGAUAUGUUAGUUUUUGUUCUAUCAAACAUUUGCCAUGUUUGGUGUGGUGCCUAACUUUUUUUUUAUCAAAUCUACUUAAACUAGAACUAUUGCGGGCUAUCUGACCCAGUUAAACACAAUUUUGAAAAAAAUUCUAAAAGUUUCUGCUGGCAAAGCCAUGUAUGAUACCAAAGCAUACAUUCCACACUGGCAGGUUCUAUUUCUUCUCUGGGGCUCCUAGAGGGGGCCACAGCUCUGUUUGGUUUCCCAAACACUCCGCAGGCAACAUAAAUGUAGACAAUAAGGGACUGGGGAAAUGGACCCAAAGGUCAUAUUUUCGUAUAUGAGCCUAAUAUAUUAUCAAGUAAAGAAUUUUCUUGUUCUCAUUGAAAAAAAGCAAAAACAAUCAAAGUAAAAAGAAAGAAAAAAAAAAGGUAUAAUAUACAGAAAUGGCAGUAAGCGUUAUAUAAAGUGUCCUCGACAGUAUCAUUUUUCUCAGUGACAAGGAUAUUGUUCCAAGAUUUGGAGGUUUCCAGUUUCCAAAGGCUUAUUAAAAGACUGCAGCCUCAGAGUUAGUUAAAAAAAACAUAACAUCUCAAAUACCAACCUUCAAUGUUCUUUCAUUGAGUUACAAUGCGCAAAAUAAAUGUAAAAAUAAUCUUAAAAUAUGAUAGGUAAACAAAGGCAAUAAAGGAGACAUAUGGCCAAAUAGUAAAUUAGGCUUUAUUUUUGUUCUAAAUAUUCUAUUUUUAUGGAAUAAUUGACAUUUAUUCUGACAGUUUUAGCAUACAAUAUGGAAAUGAAAAAAUACUAAAUAUUUUUUCUAAAACAAAAUGCCCCUUCCAUUUUACAGAUUUCAAAUUUUUUUCAAUUUUUUUAAAAUCAAAUUAUAAAAUGAAAAGACUCAAAAAUUGGUUGAAAUUCUCUAUUAAUUGCAGGGAGGCACUGAGAAAAAAAGUUGAGAAAUAAUUUAUUGUUUGUACAACUUGUAUGUGAAAAUACAUUAUGUAAUGAUUUUAUUUAUUUUUUUAUUUAAAACAAAAAUACCUAUUGUACAAGUUCUGUAUAUAACGUGUUUUACGCUUGUCAUUUUUAUUUUCCUAUUUAUGCUUCCUGUGUGUUAAUAGUAUACACUUUGUGAGUUUACAUAAUGUGCAGCGCUGGUUGCUUUUCUAUGUUUUUCAAAAUGCAUUCAAUAUAAGAUAACUGUACAUGUACACAUACUGUAAAUAAUAUAUUCUCUUUAUAGAACUAUAUUCUGACACCAGCUUGUUUUGCCUUUCAAAAAAAAAGUUUAAAAACUAGCUUCUUUUUUAUUUUUUAUGACAGGCAAUGGUCUACGCACACUGCUGAACAAAAUGUACUUAUGUAGUCUUAUGAAAUUCAGGUCAAACUAAGUUCACUUGGUAUAAACUACACAUCAGAUUGUACUGUUGAAAGAAACAUUUUGUAAAAACUUUUUACAUUUUUUUCCAUUAUUGAUGAUUUUUCCAAAAAUGCUAAAUCUGCUUUAAUACAUGAGAGGAAAGAUAUAGUUCAAGGUUUAACUGCAAGUUCGUGAAUAUAAAACUAUUAGAUCAUGGACCAAAGGUUGCAUUUCUAUUUGAGCCCCAGGCUAAGAAGAACUGUGGGUCUUCUUUUUAACUUUUAAAAAGUAGUUCCUGAGAAUAUUGAAAAUUGGUGGGAUUCUGAGAGCCUGUUAUCAGAAGGGCAUUUGAGGUUUAAAUCUAACACAUGUCCUAAUGGCCGACUGCACAAUUUUUUGGCCAAGUGUUCAUAGAAACGCUCAUUCACUAUAAUUGGCCCAUUUAAUCGAUCAGCUGAUCAGCUAAUGAGCAAGAAAAUGCUCAUUUGUUGGCUGAUGGGCAUCUUUCAUUAGGAUCAAAGAUGCCCGAUUACCAGCAGCACGUCUACCUACGUAAUUAUGGAUGUACUGGCAAUAAUCAACAGAACUGAAUGAGAAUGGAAUGACUGAGGUUGCAAUUGUCUCUCCCACAUUCAGUGUUAUCAUUCAUCGGUGCUCUCACUGUCCGAACACUGAGCAGUGUAAUAGGGCCUUAAGCUAGAGCUAAGCAACAAAAUAAAAAAUAAUUGAGCCCAACCUCCCAAAGUGGUAAUCAGUUGAAUAGGAAUGCUUGUUGCAUAGUGACCGUUUCCAGAUGUUCCUCAUCCUUACCUAUUUAUUAGAGAUUACUUAUUAUUCAAUAAGUGUCAGCCUUGACUACUUAUAAACAGGACUCUAAGCAGUCAGUAGGAAAUAAUUUCCUUCUUCAGACCCAUAGCUUUUAGUGAAUGCAAUUGCACCCACUUGUUCAGCUUUAUUAGGACUUUGUUAAGAUAUCCCAAGUGAUAUCUGUCCUAGCUUUUCUCAAUUCAUUCUCUACAUUGAGUUUACUUGUGUGGCCAUUUUCUUUUUUAUGUUGAUUAUAUUACUAGUAUUCUAGAGUAACAAGAAACCGGAAAUGAGUAAAAUGUUAUGACUGCUAAUAGAUUACACCCGGAUAUGCAAGUAACAUUCUAGUCCAUUAUCCUUAGUUACCAACUAGUAAUGAGAGAAUUCCUUAAAAAAUUUUUGGUCCAAUUCGUCCGAAUCAGCCAAGAGAUUCGAUUUGGGUACAAAUCAUUUUCACCCAAAUUGAAAGUGUUGUAAAUUCCUGCAAAUUCUCUCUCUCUCGCUAUGGAAAAAUUCUACCUAAAUGAAUCUGAGGAAAUUCUGAUUCUACCGAAUCAGAAAAAAAAAAAAAUAUUCUGGUCAAAUUUUAAUUCUAACAAAUUCAUUCACUCAUCUUUGUUACCAACAAUUCCUACUGUUUCUCAAAUGGAAUGUGGGUUGGAUAUGGACUAAAGCAUUGAUUUUGCCCAUUGAUAUUUGAUCAUUGGGGUAUCUACCAUUCCCUGGCUCUGCAUGCUGAUCAUCAGAACUAAGGAGCCACUACAUUUGGUGAAGUAUCACAGCCCCUUUUUAUCUUGACACAACAGCACAUCCGUAGGUGCAUGGAUUGUGCCACAGCUCAUCUUCAUCAAAGUUUUAGUCCUAGAAAAUCCCUCUAAAGUUUGGAUCAAUAUUGCAAUCAAAAAGAAAUCUCUUUUUCCCAAUUAUUAAUACUAAGAUAUGGAUAUUCCAUAUCUAAGCUAUUGACUUAUGAGUAUUAAUUUAAAAAGUCAGAAAAAAAAUCUGAUUUUCCCAGAGUAAUUUUUUUUUUUAAUGUGUGUACCAUUUGCUACCACCAAUUCUAUAUUAAAUACAGUUGAUCAAUCCAAAAGGUGACACAUAGUGAAGUACCAGUGUUAAUAAAAGGAUUGCCAUAUAUAUAUUUUGUAUUAUAAAUAGAGAUAAUUUUUUUCUCCCCCCCCCAAAAAAAAAUAAAAAAUAAUUAUAUUUGUAGAUAAAUGAAAUGGAUUAAGUAAAAUAUACUUUUUCUAUUUAUAAAGCUGGACGAUAAUAGCCAUAAACUAGAAUUAUCUUAUAUCUUAUAUAUAAGUCAACUAUCAAUUUAUAAUGGGAAAUAUUACUAUAUUUUAUUAAACUAUCAUACUGUAUAUUACCCCCCCCCCAUUCUUUGCACUCACAUUUGCCAUGCUCACACUUUGUUUUUUUAAUGUUUGCACAAAUAAUCUAAGCAAGCAUUAUUAUUGUGUGCAUAUAUACCUAUGUUAUUUGUGUGUGUUAGGUAUAUUGUGUUCAUUGCUUUAUUAGGUGUAUUUUGCCUCAUACCAUAGUUUCUACUGUACAUUGUAUUGAAAAUGAAUGAUACUCAACAAAUGGAUGCUUGCUGUAUUUUCAGAAUGUAUUACAGGCAGACUGAUCAGGUAGACUCGGUUAGAUGUAUUUUGACGAUGGCCAAACAAAAUCUUGCAUGUCUGUUAAAUGUGAAAAUGCAAAUUUGAGCCUAAUACAAAGUUAGUUACUGAAUCUAACAUGGGCAUUUUUACAUGAUAAUAUAUAUACUGUUGUAUAUUUUGCCUUUUUUAUCGAAAUGUAUCUUUGUUGCCCAUAGACAGCAUUGGAGUAGCGUAACUUGGGCCCACCAAAGGGAAAUAUUCUGAAGGUCAACACUCCAGCCAGGUCCACUUUCAUUUGUAAAAUAAACUCAGGACAUGUAGUGAUAUAAAGUAGUAGGUUCAGGGGCAUAACUGUUUAUAGAGUGCAGAGGUUGCAGUCGCAAGAUGGGACCCAGUUGCCCCUAAACUAAAUAAGAAGUACCAGUACCAGAAAUGGAACACGAUGGUCUGUGGGCCCAGAAGCUUCAAUUUAUACCUAUGGAUAGACCUCAUUGGGGCUCCAUUGUUGUGUAACAACCUGGUCCAACAUGAGCAUCCCCCAUGGCACUGUUGGUGUUUAUAUGGUGGGCCUAUAUGUCGCCAUGCAUAUCAACAUUAUGUUUGUUCAUUGGCAAAUAAGACUAGUUCUUCUUUUAACUGAUAUUAGGCAAAUAUGUAGCGUAGUAACAUUAUAUUCUGCUCUCUAUAAAACUGGAAAGGCUACAAAACAUCCUAUAUUAAUUGUGUAGCAGCUUUAUAGCUAUUGGUGAGGUAGGGUGUUAAAGGCUACAAAAAACCUUUACUUCUAGUCUCCAGUGAGUUCAGUUUGACUUUACUGAUUUAGGUUCUGAACCGUAGCUGAACCUGACUAGACACCUACAGAAAAUAGGUGUCCCAUCCGCCACAUAUACUACUGUAUGACCAGACUGACUUGUUGCAAUGUAUAGUUCAUAUUUUCUUGUAUUUUACCAUUCAAGAGGUUUCCAAAAUGAUGUUGAUAUUAUAAGGUUUGCUUCCAAACUAAGACAUGUUAACUUUUCCAAAUACAAAUGUGCAUGAGCACAUAGAUGGUUGGAGCUAUUUUAUUCCAUUAAAAUAGUAUACAAUAACAGGUUUCUUAAUACAUGAUGUCAGGCGGAAGGAAACUGUAGUUAGAUGACCUCUAAGUCAGUGUCCUAAAGAGCCUUUGAUUUUAAGCCAAGAAAUUAGGGAUUUUAGCCAAGAAAGAUCUCCUGCAAAAGGAAGAGAUACCUAUCUGUACGCAGAUGUUUCAGGGUGGUUGUCCCUCGUUAGUACAGAGCAGCCUCUUCCUUUUGAAAGUAAGUCAGAUUUGACUAAAAGUCUUCCUUAUGUUUAAAGGUAUGAUCAUGGGUUGGACAUUGACUUACAGGGAAUAGUUUGGCAUUUCCUUCUUCUGGGGGGAAGGUAACUUUCAUAUCCAAGGGAGCAUUGCUUAUAAGACUCCCUAAAGCUUGGCUGCUCGUUCAGUGGAGGUGAAGUGCUGCAUUUAGAUGCAGUGAUCACCUCCACGGUAUGAGAACGAGCGAUGGUUACUGCUACCUCUCAUCCUCAUACAGCUACCUUGUAUUGGGACAGCAGAGCGGUGUUUAGACAGUACGAUCUGCUGUCGGGAAAUCAUAAUUUAGGUGUCUAACAAUUGUCUCACCCGAUGAAUGAGCGAAACAUGUAACCUUAAGAUGGGUCAAUCGGUUUUCUUAGGGCAAAACUUACCAGACUCCUCUCUUGCCAUAUGUUACUCGCUCCUAUUAUGUGGCCUUGUAUGAUUUUUAGACCACUAUAGCUACAGCAUGACUUAUAGUCAUGUUUAAUAUUGACUGUCUAUCACCAAGGCAAGAUCUGUUCUGAUUAGAACAUCUGUACAGUGUCUUAUCAAAUUGAACUAUUGGAUACAAUUGCAUCCACUUAAACAACCAUCACAGGUUCAGUAGGAAAUCAAAGGAAGUGAGAUUUCCCGGUUAAACUUUAUGGGGAAUUAUGUGAUGAUGUGCCUUGUUGAUGGACAUGUGUAUGGACCAACCUUCUAAUUAGAGCCUCAGGAGGCCAAUUAGUGGGUUUAACUAUCAAUUUCACUAUAUUAAAUUAUUUUCAAAGGAAGCAGAGACCAAUAAUCAAAUUCCUCAUCACAAACAUUAGAAAGCCAAUCCCUACUUAACGAAUUCUAUUAAAUUACUUUAGUCUCAUCAGAUGAUCCUUGACUCAGCACUCAAUUGGUGUUAAAAUUAUUUUUCACUUGUUUGCUCCUUUAUGUUAGACAUAUCUCAGGCUAAAACAAACUACUGCAUGGUAAAAUUGGGUUCUUAGGCAUCAUGGCUUCUGGACAUGUAGCUUAAAGGGUUCAUCUGGUUUUAAAAAAAAAACUACUUUCAACUGUGUUAGUAGAUGGGGUCCCUCAUACAGUGUUCUCUUAGACAAGUUCUAAACAGUUUCUCUUGCUCUGCACGCUCAUUAGUUACAUGGACAGCGUUUUGAUUUCAGUGGGAAUCGUGAAAUGCUUAAUUCCUCCUGUGGUGACGCUGCAGAGGAAUUGAACAAUUUCUGCAAAGAUUCCUCCACAGCUUAUGGCCAAUCACUGGGGAUUCUAGUGAUGAUGAAACACUAUGUGGUGAGCUCAUCAUCAGGAGAUCCUUCUAACAAAUAGGGAAUAUCUAAAGUGGACAUCCUCUUUGAAUAAGCCUAACAGUCUGGUCACUGGGAAUACAUGCUAUGCAAGUAUGAGGUGCUGUGGAAAUGCCACUACCAUCUCUGUUCUGUACCUCUAUAAGGUCACCCUAGAAAAAGCUGAAAGUUGUGGUAGUAGACAGUCCAUUUAAUAUAUGUUUGUCUUCCUUUUAUAAAACUAAUGGAUGGAUAUACUCUAGCCCACAGACAUACAAUAGGUAUUUCGGAUGAAAGGAUCGAUCAGGUUUUUACGAAAGGAGGAAAAAUUGAGUUAUACAUUUCAAUUGUGUCAUAUGUGAUUUUCUUAAUAUAAUGCAGGUAAAUUGUCGCCAUGUCUACUAAUUAAUGGCGUCAAGAGACAAACUGUAUAGCCGUAUAUGUUAUCAUUAUGCAACUAAGGUUCUCCACGAUGAAUGUCAAUGAUAGGAUACAGAUAUUUUAUUAGCGGACAGCUCAGUCUAUCAGGCUGAGAUCAAAUUUUUUUACAAUCAACUGCACUAUUGGUUCUAAGGGUAGAUUAUAUAUCGUUACGCCCUUUCAUUAAUUUGUCUCCUCUUCGUAUAUGCAGUAGUUUGCACCUCAUUAUCCAAGAA